UGACUCCAGUGCAACGGGCCAUCCGCCGUCUUCAGCUGGACAGCGUCCCUGCGAGUCUUCCUUGCAGGACAACUGAAUUCCAAAAGAUCCGCCAGACAAUUUUGACCGGCAUAAGCCAGCAGCAAGGAGGAGAGUUGCUGUACAUCAGCGGACUGCCAGGCACGGGCAAAACUGCCACAGUGCGAAGUGUCCUCCGCUCGCUGCAGCAAGACAUGCAGAACAAGGCUGUUCCUGCGUUUCGCUGCAUCGAGUUGAACGCGAUGCAGCUGCAGCACCCGGACAUGGUGUUCGUUGCGGUGUACAGACAGCUCUUCGGCAGCAAACCCCUAAAUCCUCAACAAGCGUUUACAACUCUUGACAGAUAUUUUACAGGUGCAGCAGCAGCAGCAGGAGCAGCAGCAGACUACAGCUGGCAGGAGGAGACAAGCUUGCCCAAGAAAAGGUUGAAGCCCAAGCACAGCCAAAUGCCCAUCGUGUUGGUGAUAGACGAGGUGGACUGCCUCGUGAGUCCCAAGCAGCGGGUCCUUUACACUUUAUUUGAUUGGCCGUUUUGGCCUUCUUCUCGUUUGGUCCUUUUGGCCGUCGCCAACACCAUCGACUUGCCCGAGAAGAUCCUCAACUCCCGCUGCGCCUCCAGGAUCGGCUUCGGGCGUCUGACUUUUAAUCCUUACACAAGCGAGCAAAUCGAGGACAUCAUUUUGGAGCGGCUGCAGGACUGCAAAGAUCUCUUCGCGGACGCAGCAAUUAAAGUCUGCGCCAGGAAGAUUGCGAAUUUCUACGGAGACAUUCGCCGGGCGCUGCAAGUCCUCAGGUCCUAA